AUGUUUUUGUUCCUCCUUUGUCAGGUCAACAGUUUUGAGAUUCCCCCAGAAUAUAAUAAAUUGGAAUUUGCUAAGAAUAAAAAAGAUUAUGAUGUUACAGACUUAUCAUCUCUUGUUGAUACAGUCGCCAACGAAUUUCAUCUUGAAAGAGAUAGAGUUGAAUUCUUUUUCGGACGCUGCAAAUGGGCAUCUUCCUCCAAACAGCUCUUCAGCAGGAUGGAUAUGACUCAGACUGAUAUCAAUACAAAAUUUACAUAUCUUGGAGGAACUGUGAUCAGAGUUAUAAAAGUUGGUAGUAUAUACGUUGUUAGAGUUCGCCAGAUAACUGCAACCACAAAAUAUUUUAGCCGACCUUGGGUUCAUCUCACAGGAACCCAAAUUACUAAUAUUUUUAACUGGAUGUAUAGCAGUAUUUCAAAUGUUAUUGAUUAUUAUAAAAAAUACACUUGA